UGGCGUGCAAACGCCACACGGCCAAAAAUAGUUCAAAAACUCUGCAAUUAAAUUUCAAAUACAGAAUUGAAAAUUAAAAAUAGAAUUGAAGAGAAGUGUCCUGUGCCGAAUCAUCAUUCUCCGAAUAAAUACUCAAAGGACUUUACGAUAUAAAGCUCUCGAAUGGCCACCCAACAGACGAGAUCAAAUGACGAGCUGACGUUCAAUGCGCUCGUGUCCAAAAAUCCCAACCACACCAAGGAGGUGGAGGAGGAAGAGGAUGAGGAGGAGAUAGACGAUGCCACUGCCGCCGUCGUUGUUCCGCCAGACAGCGGCUGGGCAUGGGUGGUGAUGGUUGCUUCCUUCCUCUGCUGCACCGUCAUCGACGGCAUUGUAUUCUGUUCGCCUCUGAUUCAGAAUCAGCUGCAGAAGGAGUAUGGCGUAUCUAAAGGAUAUGUGGCCUUUGUAUCUUCGCUGCUCAGUGGCUUCUAUUUAAUGGCUGGACCAUUUGUAAGUGCUUUAGCCAAUCGAUUUGGAUUCCGGCCGGUCACUAUUUCAGGCGCCAUCUUUGCAGCUGCAUGCUUUGGACUCUCCUACUUUGCCACCAGUGUUGAGUACCUCUUCCUGAUCUACGGCGUCCUCGGAGGCAUUGGAUUCUGCAUGGUUUACAUACCAGCGGUGGUCAUUAUCGGAUUCUAUUUUGAAAAGUGGCGUGCCUUGGCCACCGGCGUCGCCCUCUGCGGGUCUGGCGUCGGCAAUUUCAUUUUCAUGCCACUGACCACCAUAUUAUUGGACUCUUUUGGCUGGCGCACGACUCUGGCCUUGCAGGGUCUUAUCAUUCUGUUGUGCGGCAUCUUUGGACUUGCCUUCCGGCCCAUACAGCCCAUAACAUUGGCACCGACAGUCGACGGUGCUGGCACCGAGGAGGAGAAGGCCAAGUUGAAUGGUCAUGGCAAUACGGUGGCGCCCAAACCACAACUUCAUCAAGCAGCGUUCACGAAGCCCUUGCCAGAGGGCCGCUUUGCCUAUUCCAUGCCCAAUUCGGCCCACAACACCUAUAUGGGUGCAUCGCAACGUAAUCAUUAUCCCACAGCUGCUGAAAUCUUCAAAGGCAUGAACCUCGAGCGACGUCCCUCUGGCCAUGGUGCGGCUAGCAAAGGGACGGAGCUAAAGCAGCUGCGUAAAUCGCAGCCGACCACGCCCAAUGGUGAUCCACAGCAGCUGACCUUCAACUUACACAAGGAACUCACUACUGUGGGCGAGAACAACGAGGAUGAGGAGAAUGACAACUUGCUGGAGUUGGAGAGCAAGGCAGUUACUAUUCAGGCCCGCCGUCACACUGUCUCUGGACGUCGUCCCAUCAUCAAUGUUGCUGGCAAACGCGGUGCAGCGCCCGCCAACGAUUCACACCAUGGUCAGACCUCUAAAUCCCGUCCUAUGUAUCGUGACGACAUAUUCUUCACCGGAUCCCUCACUCGCAUACCGCAAUAUCAGUCGCAAACCUCGUUGGCCUAUCACAUGUCCGUCACGCGUCUUCCCACCAAACAGGACAUGCUGGAGGAUCGCCAGAGGGGAUGUCGCAUUUGCCCCGAAGCCGUACGUCGCACGCUGUCAACCAUGUUGGACACCAGCCUACUGAAGUCGCCGUCGUUCAUGUGCCUGGCUUUUAGCGGAUUUCUCACAAUGAUGGGUUUCUUUGUGCCCUUCGCCUUUCUCGAAGAUCGCGCCGUGCAAGCCGGCAUGGACAAGCCCGCGGCUCUUUCUGUUCUCUCUGGUAUUGGAUUGGUUAACACCAUUGCUAGGAUAGUGUGUGGCUCUAUGAGCUCCUUCCCCAGUGUUAAGCCGCUCUGGUUGAAUAAUGUGGCGCUCACGCUUGGUGGCUUGGCCACUAUUUUCAGUGGUGUCGUCAUAAAUAGCACCACCCAAUGGACUUUCGCGGUUCUCUUCGGCAUCUGCAUAGCCUGUUUUUCGGCGUUGCGUUCCCUAAUCGCUGUGGAAAUGAUUGGACUCGAGAAACUGACCAAUGCCUUUGGGUUCCUUAUGCUGUUUCAGGGUAUAGCCGCAACAUUUGGCAGUCCCAUCGCUGGCAUUCUGUUCACUAUGACCGAGAGCUAUAAUAUUUCGUUCUACUUUGCCGGUGGCUUGAUUUUGCUAUCCGCUUUCCUUUGCUAUCCAUUGACCUGUGUGUCCAGAUGGGAGCAGAGGCGCAACGAGAAAAACGCGCCACAGGCUUUACCAGCAGCCUAGAAGGAUCUUAAAACGACGCGACUACGCAUAAAACGCCUUUAAAUCAUUUGAUUGCUGAUAUGAAGACCACUAUAAUCUUUAAAUGCUAUGAUGUGCUUAUAAUCACAUAGUUUAACACUAAUUGUCAAUCAUUGAUAGACUUUAAGAACGAGUAAUAUGAGUGGCAAACCGAACUGAGCAAUUUUAAAAAAUGUACAUACAUACAUACUAUGUAUAUCUAUCUAUACAUGUACUUGUACUUGAUUCUUGUAGAUUAGACUUAAUGAAUGAAAUGUUUGUGCCUUGAAAGUUUUCGUGUGCCUUGACUAUGCCUCGCUAAAACUAUAGACACUCACAUAUACGAGUAUAUACAUACAUACAUACAUAUAUACACACACAUACUAUUCUUAAAAAGAAAACAUGCCGUGCGUGUAAAUACUAUUAUCAUAAUCAGCUUUAGCAGUGGAGGAGAGAGUUGACGGAUCAUUAAUAUGUAGUAAGCGAACACAUUUAUAUUAAUAUAUAGGAACAUCAACUUUUUGUGCUGGGGAAAUUUCGUUUUCGUUUUAAAAUACCUACGAUAUACACAAUAUGUUUAAUAUUUAAAUUUAUAUGGUCAUCCUGUUCUGGGGCCACGAAUCGACUGCCAAGAUAAGAAGGAUGUUAUUUAACAAUGUGGAAAAUAACAGCAAAGAGCUUACUAUAUACAUAUGUACACACGAGUGUACAUAUGUACAUAUACAUAUGUACGUAAUAUUAAAAAACAUGAUUAUCAAUCAUCAAUUCAGACAGCGAUGCAAACGAUGCAUUUGUUUGUUUUUAAGUACCUACGACUAUAAUACACAUAUGUUACAUACAUAUAUACACAUGUAUACCAUAUACGAGUAACCCUUCAACCGUUAACUGCUGCUCCACACACUUGUUACAUAGUAUGUACAUAAGGCUAAGUAAAUAUACAAACACAAACACCCAGACAGAAUUGUUGUUACUGAUAAAUGGAGAAUGGAGAAAGAUUGGAGAGAGAAGGGGUCAAUGAACUAUACUAUAUACAUAUAAUACUGACUGAAACUGGAAGUGGCCAACGCAAAGCACGAUGUUUUAUUAUUUGUGCGCCAAUCUGAUUUAGUCUUAAAAAUUGUGUGGCCCCUUAUACCAAUAACGUUCAUCAUCAUUAUCAUAUUGUAUUUAGCAGUAUGUAUGUUUUAAUGGAAACACACACGCAGUUACAUACUCAAAAGCACAUUCGAGUGCGAUUUGCUUUAAUCAGAUCAAUUACAACAAUACUAUUGUAUUAUGAAAUUCAAAAUAAGCAAAAAUGUAGUUAGAGCUGUUUAAAAUAUGUUUUAAAUUACAAUCUUUAAAAAGAAAUUGUGCAGAUAUAAUAAAAUGAUUUUAGUAAUAAAUACAAA